UCGGGUAGCAGAGUGAGUUCAUUCAUUCUCUUAGCAAAAUGACAGGAAAGUUUGUUUACCUGUGUCGCUGAAUCGAAAAUGAGCAACAAGCAAAUGAACGGUAAUUCAAACGUGGUCGAUGGUCUACCAAAACAGUUUGUGACAUCGUUGAGAGUCUUGUUUGAUAUAUUGGACGAGGACCAGACGGGAUUUGUCCGAUUAAGGGACAUUGAAACUCGCUGGCAUGAGGAAGGGGUCAAAGGACUUCCAGGUGGUGUUAUAGACGCUCUCAGAAAAGUGGCUCCGAGAAAUGGAAAGUUGACAUUUGAAAAUUUCGUUACAGGGUUGAAACAGUCACUGUUGAAGAACAGUCAGGCAUCAAGUUCUACUUCUUGUCAAUCGGAGAAAGUUGCUCAGAACAGGAGUUCAAAUGCCAAUGGGAAAGAGAAGCCAGGCUCUGUGGUCAGUAAUGGAACUGGUCAAGUUGCAUCUGGUCGUUCUGCAAGUCUAAGUACUGAUCAAAGCUCAAAAAGACAGUCAAGCAAACGGCCGGAAAAGACAGAUUAUCCGCAGUUUAGCCACAACUAUGCAAACAUGGUGAACUAUGUCAACAUUGAGGGUCCUGUGAUAACAAAUAUUCCCACGACUGCCCCAGAGAAGUCACAGAUUCAUGUUGUUCAGAGAAGUAAGCCAAUGUUGGCCACCAAUACUCAACCUGCUGUGACAACAAACACAGCUAUGGUGCGUCCAAAUAAUAUGCUGCAGUCACAAAAUACAGAACUGAGAAAUCACAUUUACACUCGUGAACAGAUGCAGCACUCUACCUUGAAACCUCAUAGCAAACCCCCUGACUACCAAUACACACAUGAAACUGAUCGAGGAGCUCACCAUGACAAACGACACAGUGAUGACAUCUCUCAUUAUUUAAAAAAUGACCAAAUGAAGCCUGCUCUUAGACCAAAAAGUGCUCUGGGUUAUGAACAUAGUCAACAGCGACCGAAAGAAGUUCAUUUUCACACUAAGUCUACAGAUGUAACUGUGCCUCCAGGUCGACCUGAAAGACCGCCUCCAUACCUCGGUCCAAAAGACCGUGAAGACACUCCUCCGGCCCUCCCACCAAAAAACAUGCAGGCAAGAAUCAUGAGAGAGCUCAAGACGUGGCAAAGGGAGCACAAGCUUGGGACGGACGGCACCACUGCACCUGUCAUGCAUUCCAGUCACAGUGAUUCAAACAUGCCCCGUAUGAACAGAUCACCUGGACAUAACAUUUAUGUGAACCUGUCAGAUCUUCAGAGGUUAGACCCAUCCACACAGUCUGUUCAAGCCUCAAGGGAAGGCGAUGGAGGCAGGAGACUUCGGAGACAGAACUCUCGCAGACACACCCUCUCUAGUGGCAUAGACUACAAUGUGAUCCGCCGUAUGAAGCAGCUAGAACAGGAGCGUGACGUGUUGCUGCAAGGCCUGGAGGUCGUGGAGCGUGCCCGGGACUGGUACCUCAAACAGGUCGCCUUGGUCACAGAGAGACAGAACCACGCUGAGAAGACCUCGUGUAGCGAUGCAUCUCUUCAGAACCAUCAAGAGAGGAUGGACUUUGUGCGAAGUCGAAUCAACGAUGUGAAUCUCAACCUCAAAUCCCUCAUGGAAACUACAGAGUCGGGUUUCCCGGCACACAUGAAUCUUGCCAUUCGUAGCUCAGUGAUCUCAGAGGACAUCUCCACUCGCUGGCUCAAGGAUCAGAACAAGCAGCUCACCAAGGAGGUGGGAGAGAAGUCAGAGCUUAUUACCCAGCUGGAGAAAGAGAAGGCAACUCUGAUACGAGACCUGUUUGAGGCGCGAGUGAAACACAAGACGAACUAUGAUGACACAACCUUCAUGUAGUUGUUUGUGUGUGCAUUUGAAAACAUGUCAAUAUCUGUUUUCUGUUUAGAACAAAGUAUUAUUAAAAUAUUACUUUUACAAAUUUCUUUGUAACCUUAAACAAAGUUGUAAAGUAACUAUACUGUGUUAUGUACUCUUUGAGGUUUGUAUUAAGCCAAAGGUUGCAUCCAGCUUUCUAAAUCAGGUCAAAGUUGGAAUGUGUUGCUCAUUUUAAACAUUAUAUUUUAGGAGGUUGCUCGUGCGUAUUUCCUGGCAUUAGCAAAUCUUAAUAGGAGCCAGUGUCUGGGAAAACUGGGCUUAAUGCAUGUGCCUUAAGUCUUAACAACAAUUUAGUUAAGGCGGAAAGUGACAUCCCUGAUUAUCCUGUGAGGAUGAUGCUCAAGGCACAUGCAUUAUGCCAUGUUUUCCCAAAUCGCGGCUCAUAUAUUUUUAUCCAUAAUUGUAACUUUUAUGCAUGAAAAUAUUUUUGCUUUUAGAUAUCUGUGAUAAGGCAUUUUGAUGCAUCUCGUAUACAUUCCAGAAAGCAUGUCUUAUAUUUAGUGAGCUGGCACGUUCAAACCUUCUUUUUAGCAAUAUAUCAUAGAAAAUAAACAUUGUCAUGAAUAUUGUGUUAUGUCAACAACAAUGUGAACGCUAAAACAAAAACAAACAUGUUUAACAAAACGUGUUUGCCAUUCAAAUUCUUUGUAUUGCAAAAAAAGAUUUAGCUGUUUUGUUUAUAUUAACUUGUGGAAUUUUAUAGUAAAUUCAGGAUGUCAAUACCUGCAUAUAACAUGAUAUAACAUGCAGGUCUAAAAUUACAAAAUACAGAAGCAUCCCUGAAAAAGGACUGUGCUUUCUAAAGAAAUGUUUUGACAAAAAGCUUACAUAAGAAUAGUUAAUUUCAAAAUCCUAGUCCCUUCAUUUUUUUCACUACAUUAUACCGGUAGUUUGGUUAUUGAUAUUGUAACUUUAAAAUGAAUCGGGUUUUGAAGUGGGUCAUACAUCUUGAACAGUUUGGAUCUCUGUUGCCGAAUAUUUAUGUAUUUACUUCUUUUUUAGCUGGGCUUUUUUCGGGGAAAACCCGAGGUAUUGUCAUAGCCAGCUCGUUGUCCGGCGUCGUGCUUAAACCUUUACAUUUUCUUAACCUUUUGAACAUUGGCUCUAACAUCAAAGUGCUUCCACCUACAACUUUGAAACUUCAUAUGUAGAUGCGCCUUGAUGAGUUCUACACGCCACACCCAUUUUGGGGUCACUAGGUCAAAGGUCAAGGUCUCUGUGACCUCUAAAAAAAAAUAAUCUGACAAGCUUUCAUUUAUUCAAAACUGCACUCGCAGCCAAGCGUUGGCACUCGUUAUGCGGUGCUGUUGUUUAAAUAUGCAUUAGAAAAUGGCAUCUGAUUUACACAUUUUCAUGUACAAAUAAUAACAUUUGACAUUAAUGCCAGUAGUAUUGUAUUAGGUUAAUGAAAAAACUAAGAUCAUUUAUCCUUGCUUUUAGUGCAUCGUCCAUUUUUGUACUAUCUAUCAGAAUGCUGUAUCUAUUGAGGCCCCAGGACAUCAAUUGUAAUAAAAGUAUACAAUUAAGUUAAAUGUUUUUUUUGUUUGAAAACCAUUUUUUUCAUUUAAUUUUGUUAAUGUUUGAUGCAAAUAGACUAAAUACUGUAUUAAACAGUUAGUACAAGUGUAGUCAACUUAGAACAUUUACUGCAGAGGCUUCAUAGCUAUCACAUUGAAAACACUGUAUGUUGUAUGAAAUCAAAAUUGUUUGCUAUUUUGUUGCUUUCUAUGGGCUUUUUUUUAACUUUUGUGGGCAAGAUACUAUUUCUGUCUGCUUUAUUUUAGCCUUUGGUGAGCGGUGCUUUAAAAGGAAUGUAUAUUCUGGCAUUGUGUAGAUAUAAAAUGGAACCCAACCCAACUAGUCAGGGGAUACAUGAUUUCUAAAUGUACUUUCCAUAUAUUUCAAACAUAAUGUGUUUGUGAAAAACAAGUACAAACACUAGUACCAAUUGUGCUUCUUCAUAGAACUUCCAGUGUAAAAUUAUGAACCCUUCCUUUUUGCUUAGAGCUAAACAAGGAAAUCAUUGUUGGGUUCAUAGGUUCAAUAAAAUGUAGGAAAGAUACAGAUAUAAAAUAUUUAAUACAUUCAAUGUUUAUUGUUAAAUAUUGAAGUUUUUUCAUAUUGAUGCAAUCAUGCAUUUGUAAGAAUGUGUCACUAAAUACAUUUUGAAUGAACUAUUUUAGUUUCACAAUAACGUUUACAAUUUAAAAAUGCAUAUUUGUAUCAAAGCAUUUUUUUUCUCUCUUGUCUGCUACAUAGACAACGGAAGUAUUUGUAUCACAGUGUAUAAUUUGACAUUUAGUACAAGUUGUAUGAAUCAGAUAGAUCAUACUAACAUGCUAACAAGAGAUAUAGUGUAAAUGUUUCCCUAUUAUUUCUUUGCCGAAAAAGUGUUCACAAAUAAGACUGAGAUUAUGUGUCUAGUUUUGUAUCGUUACAAAUAGAGGCCUUUUGUAUGGAAACUAUUGUAUCUAAAAUACAAAUCAUCAGUAGUUACGCUAGUCUGGCUCUUAAUUGCCCUAACAUAGUUACAUAGCAACAGUUUCUUUUUAGGCUAUGUUUUGGUUGUUGUUUAAUUUCAAUUUUAAGAAAUAGCGCCGUAUUAAGUUGAUCAUGUGUUUUUCUUCACAAUCAAGAUUAUUAUCCCUCGCCAUAGGCGGAGGGAUAUUGUUUUGGCAUUGUCCGUCCCUCCGUCCGGAGCCAUAUCUUGGAAGUGCUUUGGCGGAUUUCAUUGAAACUUGGUAUGAGUAUAUAUAUGGAUAAGAGAAUGAUGCACGCCAAAUGGCAUUGUACACCAUCUGUUAAUAACGGAGUUAUGGCCCUUUGUAUCUUGAAAAAAUGUUUUUUUUGUGUGUCUGGAGCCAUAUCUUGGAAGUGCUUUGGCGGAUUUUAUUGAAACUUGGUAUGGGUAUGAAUAUUAAUAAGAGGAUGAUGCACGCAAAAUGGCAUAGUACACCAUCUGUUAAUUACGGAGUUAUGGCCCUUUGUUUCUUGAAAAAAUGCUUUUUUUAGUGUCAAAUACAACACUUUUGUGUCCAGAAGCAUAUUGGCGGGGGAUAUCAAUUCAACGAAUUUGCUUGUUAUACUAUUUAUUACUAUGCCCGUUUUAAAUUGCUUUUAAAAAACAUAUACAUGUUAUAUUGUAAACCGAACUGCUGUUGCCAUAUAUGCAAUGUCGCCAUUGUUUUUACAUGAAUGCAUUAAUUUUAGAUCUGAUGUUGUGUAUUAAUAUAAUAAUCUACACGUUGUUUUGUAUGCCCACGUGUUUUUCUGUAAUUGUAUUGAUAUUAUUAUCAUGUUUAACAAUCAUCACGAGAGUUGAGCCCAAUUUUGAAUUGGCUAUUAUACAAAAAAUCAUGCGAUUUGUUUUUUUUGUAUGUGGUGUUUUUAAUUUUAAAUAAAGCCAUACAA